AUGUCUGUCAACGCAACUCCAUCGAAGCAAGUGGCCGCGGACCUCGCCAAAAUUGACAUGUGCUCCUCGCCCUCCAAAGCAGCAGCAGCGAAGAAGCACGCUGUGAAGGAGGUGUCGCAGAAGGAGGACGACGACACGGAACCGAGGUCUGCCAUCGACAACUACGUGUAUGGCAGGUUUGUCGGCGAGGUGGACCUACCAGAGGAGGAAGAACCGAUCUUGAAGGAAAACAAGGGUCGCUUCGUCCUGUUCCCAAUCCGUUACCAUGAAAUCUGGCAAAUGUACAAGAAGGCAGAAGCAUCAUUUUGGACGGCUGAGGAAAUUGACUUGUCCAAGGACCUGUACGACUGGGACAAUCGGAUGACGGACCCUGAGCGUCACUUUGUGAGCCAUGUACUUGCGUUCUUCGCUGCAUCAGAUGGUAUUGUCAACGAGAAUCUGGUCGAGCGGUUCAGUGCCGAAGUCCAGGCCACUGAGGCACGUUGCUUCUAUGGCUUCCAGAUCAUGAUGGAAAACAUCCACUCCGAAACCUACUCGCUUCUUAUUGACACGUACAUUCGCGAGCCUGAACGCCGCGACUUUUUGUUCAAUGCUAUCGAGACUGUGCCAGUCGUCAAGCAGAAGGCUGACUGGGCUCUGCGCUGGAUCUCGGACCACCGUGCCUCGUUCUCAGAGCGCCUUGUUGCCUUUGCUGCGGUCGAGGGCAUCUUUUUCUCGGGCUCAUUCGCUUCCAUCUUCUGGCUCAAGAAACGUGGCCUCAUGCCUGGUCUGUCGUUCUCCAAUGAGCUCAUUUCUCGUGACGAAGGCCUUCAUACCGACUUUGCAUGCCUCUUGUUCAGCCACUUGAAGAAGCGUGCUCACCCCGACACUGUAAACCGCAUUAUCACAGAGGCCGUUGAUAUCGAGCAGGACUUCUUGACAGACGCGCUCCCUGUCUCGCUCAUUGGUAUGAAUGCUAGGCUGAUGUGCCAAUACAUUGAGUUUGUUGCGGAUCGCCUUCUUGUGGCUCUGGGCAACCCGAAGCACUACAACUCGACAAACCCCUUCGACUUUAUGGAGAACAUUUCGCUCCAAGGCAAGUCGAAUUUCUUUGAGCGGCGAGUGGGCGACUAUGCGAAGGCUGGUGUCGCGCGCGCUGAUGAUGAAACCCCUACGCAAGGAACCAAUGAAUUCAGUCUUUCUGAAGACUUCUGA